CCUACUUUUAUACGAAGGAUGUUUCAGUUUGGCCAGUUUCCGAUCAGUUCACAUUCAUCCCGGACCCGAGGACAGUUUAACAAUGAAUAUCAUCCAUGUGGCUGUGGUCGUCUUUCUACUCCUAGUGAGCAGUGAAAAUGCAGUGCUGGCGAUAGUGGGCCACCGUGCCACUCCAUCGAGUCCAACACAGGCCAGGGCCAUAGGUGAACCACGCGGCGAUUGGUACAAUGAAAUCGGAUACCCACAGCAGUUUUUCAGAGCACAAUUGACAUGGUUUAAAAUAGGGUUUUACUACAUGUUGGUGUUUCUGAAAAUUUUCCUCCUGAUGGGAAUAUGGCCAGAGUUCAGGGACAAGGAAGAAGAUGUAUCACCGUACAAUUGCGAAGGAUGUGGUCAAAAUAAAGUUUAUUACAGUUCUGGAUCUUGGCCGAGCUAUGGUUGACUAAUGAAUAAUACAUCUGCUAUGAUAUACUGUGAUACGAAAUUAAACCAUGUAGUUUAUACUGAUAUAAAAUAUAAAAUAUUUAUUUUUU